UGAAACACGCCCUAAAGUGACGUAAAACGUCACGCAGCGUUAGAUCGUUAAAGCUGUAGAGCACAGACAGCAAGAGAAGAUGGCCAAAGGGAAAGCAAAGAUUAACAGCACUGAGGAUUUCCUGCCACUUCAGACUCGACCACUCAGGUCAAGAAAAAGGGAGUCACCGAGAGAUGAGUCUUCCGUGGCUGAUGAUGUCCAAACUACAGUCCAUCAGAAGAACCCAAAUAAAGGCAACACAGGAGGGCCAAUUCUUUACCCUCAGCAGGAUUGUCUCGUAAUCACGGAGUCAUCCUGUCUGCCCGAGUGGGAAGAUCACACCAAAGAAAAAAACACAGCUGCAGCAGGGCAAGAGGAGACAACUGCUGCAAAUGUUGAUGAUCUGCAGAGCCAUGGAACACACACUGAUGAAGAUACUGAGGAGCAAAUCCCUUCAGAGGACUGCAGAAGAUCGCCAAAUCCAAACCACGUGGAUCAACUCCAGGUCUCCCAGCCCAGCUCCAGGAACGAUGAGGACUCGGCUGAGUUGGAGAAGCAAGUAGGCGAAAAGGAGCUUUCUAUUCAAGAGUCCAACAAAGUCAAAGAGUCAGCAACAGGUUUACCGGCCAAGAAGAAACGCAGAAUGGGUAUGUGUGGUCUGACUGAGAAAGAACGAAGCCAAUUUCUACAAGCAGCACAAAGUGGCCAGAAUGGAACUGAGAGCACUCGGAGACAAAUCUGUCCACAAACCACCAAACCUCAGGCUUUCGAGGAGGAGGUCUGGUUACCAUCCAGCUGUGGGAAUAUCUCAGCUGUAGGUGUGAUGGACCAGAGCGAGUCCACACCACAGCAUCCAUCCAGUCACGGUGGAGAGGCUCACGGACCAGGAUCUGAAGUCCUCGUAGCUGUGACCAUCUCAGAUGGGACUGGAUGUAAUGGAGGAUCUCCACCUGGUCCAGAACACGAAUUAACCCACAACCCACAGUCCCGUCAUGCUGAGGAAGAAGAGCAGAAGCUGCUGCAGGAAUGUAAAGAACCUACAGCCGAGAUGUUCGAAAAACAAACGAGCAUGGAACAAAACCAGCUAGCAGAAGUUCAGUCAAGUUCUGCUGUCACUUCUGACACCAGUCAAAAGGAGGACAAGGACAAAGAGGCUGUGGGAGAUGCUCUUCCACACAUGAAUACUGAGAGAGGGACAAGAGGCAACGAGAAGGGAGAGACGAGCAGUGAUGGGGCUGAAGACGAAGCUUCCUCUGCUGACACUCAGCCUGAAGGACUUGUGAAGAUCUGUGAGGCUUCAAGUGUCCCAGAACUGAAGCCCAAGUGUGAUCCUGAAGGAGAUUCUGCUGCUCGUCCUCCUGAGCAAACACACACCAAGGAACCCGAUGACUUGGACUACGUGUCAGACUCGCAGCUGAACACCAUCGUUCUCGUUGAUGAGAAGAUGAUGGAGAAAGAACCAGAAAAAGAAGAUCCGGACCCCUCUGGCUGUCUUAAAGAUGCAUCAGAGCUGAUCUGUGGACUGAUCAGAGAACUUUCCUCUCUGAAUCAAAAGGUCAUGGGGGCUCACCGAGAAGUGGAGAAGCUGCGUCGCAAAAGCUCAAGAAGAUCCGUAUGCUGAGGACAUCUGCCGAGCUUUAGUUAAGUGUUGAUGUUUCACUCAUCGUGCCGUUUCCAACUGGAUUGUUCUUGAAUAAAAUGGUUUAGGCAA